AUGCGUGCUUUCAACCCAAGACUGUUCUUUUCCAACUCAAUCUACAAAUCUUACUCAACUUCAGCGAAUAUUGAUGUUUCAUUCUCUACGGCAAGCCUGAAAAUCGGAUGGGCAUCGCAGGUGCGAAAUCACCCAAACUCCGAUAAAAUGUACAUUUCCAAGAUCCAAUUGUCUCCGGACAUCGAUGUCGAUGGUGGAGAACCUGUUUUCAAGCAGGUUUGUAGCGGUCUGAGACCAUACAUAACCGCUGACGAGCUGCAAGGCCAAUUACUACUAGUUAUUGACAACAUGAAAAAAUGCAAGUUGCGAGGUGAAAUUAGCGAGGCUAUGGUACUGUGUGGUGACGGUGAUGUGGAUAAUGGCAAGGUAGUGCGGACAUGCGUGCCGUCGGUUUUUGAUCGUCGAUUGAUCGGAAAGCAGGUAUUUUUGAAGGAUACCGUGCAAACUGAGCCUCCAACGCGGAAAAUCAAGCCCAACGAAUGGCUAGAGCUCAGCAACAGACUCAGUGUUGGAACAACCGGCGAAGUGGUCUACAAGGACCCUAAAACGGGCCAAACAACUCCCUUAUGCGUUAGCAACGGCGAAAAAACAGUCUCGAUCAUGGUUCAUUCUGUGCCUGCCGGAACGCCUAUUCGCUAG